AUGUUAAAUGUUGACAUCAAGAAGGCCUUUGACACAGUUAGUUGGAAAUUCCUAUCAUAUAUGCUCAAAGGGUUGGGUUUUCCUAUUGCAAUGAUAAACUGGAUAAUGGCAUGUAUAACCUCCCCUAAGUAUUCAAUCUCUCUUAAUGGUUCCCUCCAUGGUUAUUUCAAGGGAGACCGUGGCCUUAGGCAAGGGGAUCCCCUCUCCCCCUAUUUGGUCAUUCUGUGCAUGGAAUACUUGUCAAGGAGUCUGAAUCUUCUGAAGCAUGAUAAAUCAUUCAAAUACCAUCCUAAGUGUGCAAAGGUAAAAAUAGCUCACCUUAUUUUUGCUGAUGAUUUGUUCUUAUUCUCCAGAGGUGUUGAUGAAAAUGUUAAGGCUUCAAUUCACAAUCUGCUGGGAUUCUCUUCUGGAAUAAUGCCUGACAAGUAUUUAGGAGUGCCUUUAGUUUCAAAAAGAUUGGCUUACAUGGAUUGCAAUCCGCUCUUCACAAGGAUUAUUGGUCAAUUCAAAAGUUGGUUGAAAAACAGGAAUCUCUCUUAUGCUGGUAGAAUGCAAGUCAUCAAGAGUGUGAUUCUUGGAAUUCAAACCUUUUGGACCUCAAACUAUAUCCUACCAAUCAGUGCAUUGAAGAAAAUUGAUGAAAUUUGCAGGAUGUUCUUGUGGGGUAAAAAUGAUCAAACUUUUAAAGCUCCGCUUGUGUCAUAG